GGAGAGCUGUUGCGUGACACUGAGCUGCAAGAACUCUCUUUGCCUUCCUCUCUCAUCAAACUUCUAUCAAGGAAAAAUGUUCUCCACUAAUAAUAGCCCAGAUCAAAACUGGAGACGAACGAUGUUCUCCACUGAAAGUAGCCCAAAUCAAAACUGGAGUGGAACGAUCUUCACCAAUAACGUAUAUGGUGAUGAUGAUGAUAUCGUUAGAUCUUUUGCACAACGUUUCGGGGUUAGUGCUAAAGAUCCUCCAAUUAUGUACACCCUGUCUUGUAGUCUUGAAGAGCUUUAUCAAGGGGCUACCAAGAGGGUAAAAAUAACUAGACAAGUAGCUGGUCGAAGUGGCUUGAUCACCAGGAAAAUAGAGGAGAUUCUAACCAUUGACACAAAGCCUGGUUGGAAGAAAGGCACGAAGAUCACUUUCGAAGAGAAAGGGAACAAAAGACCAAAUGUAACACCUGCUGAUGUUGUCUUCAUUGUUGAUGAAAAACCCCACUCUGAGUUUACUCGUGAUGGAAAUGACUUGAUCGUCACUCGAACGAUUUCUGUAACUGAAGCCUUUACAGGCUACACUGUCCAUCUUAAAACCUUGAAUGGCAGGAAUUUAACCCUUCCGAUCAAUGAUGUGAUCCAUCCCAACUAUCAGAAGGUUGUCCCGAAUGAAGGGAUGCCGAUCCUCGGCGACCCAACAAAGAGAGGGAUUUUGAAAAUCAAGUUUGACAUCAGGUUCCCAACAAGGGUUAAUGCAGAGCAGAAGGCAGGAAUCAGGAGACUCUUUGGUCCUUGAGAUCUCUAUAUCAGCAUGUGAGACAUAUCCUAUGUGAAGGAAGCCUUUGGAUUGGUAUCCUCUUGACGCAGUUUGUGAUAAAUUGCAGUGGUAUUUGACAGUUCAGACUUUUAAGUUGUGUUAUAUAUAUAUAUAUUUAUGAAGUAUGAAAUCUUUCUGAGGUGUUUAAUGUAGGGUUUGGCCAACUUCUUAAUUAUGGUGUCAAUUAUGGAAAAUGCUUCCCCUUGAUUGGUGUUGAAUCCUUCCUUUCUUCAGUUCAAAAGGUCAAGCUUGGAGAGCAUUUCCCUCCGGCCAUAUCCUGAAACAUGAGUCACUUCCCUGUAAAUGACACCUUCCAGGAUUUCCUGCUUCCCAUCCCAAACCAUCACUGUUUGUCGAACAAUGAAAUAAAACUCAGAUAUGAUUAUAUUAUU